AUGCACAGCCAUAGCGCGCACGCCCAGCGCGGUGCCGCGGCGCGUGGCGGCCGCUGCCUCGCUGCAGCGAUUGGCACCCGCCGCGCCACCGCCGCCGCCGGCGUGGCCCCGGGCCCCGCCCGCGGCGCGGCCCUGCGCGCGGCCGCGCCGGAGGUAUCCCUGCCGCCGCACCUCGCCGCGGAGCUAGAUGAGAUUGAGAGGUCUGCCGCGUGCGGCGUGGAGGGGACCGUGCUGGUGCGGCCGGUCAAGGAGGGGGUGGCCAAGAACGGCAAGAGGUUCCACAUCCACACCUUUGGCUGCCAGAUGAACCUGGCAGACUCGGAGCGCAUGGCGGGCGUGCUGGAGGCCGCCGGGUAUGACUGCGCGGCCGACCCCUCUGACGCGGACGUUCUGGUAUACAACACGUGCUCCAUCCGCGAGAAGGCGGAGGUCAAGGUCUACUCGGCUCUGGGCAAGCAGGCACGCAUCCGCUCGCGGUUGCCCUAUGCACAGCGGCAGCCUCCGUGGCCGGAGCCGCUGCGGCGCCGCACGCACGCCAAGCGCAAGCGCGAGCGCAUGGGGGACAUGCGCAUCGUGGUGGCGGGGUGCGUGGCGCAGCAGGAGGGCCAGGCGCUGCUGAGGCGGGUGCCGGAGGUCGACCUCGUCAUGGGCCCCCAGUUUGCCAACAAGCUUGACGAGCUGCUGGAGAGGGUGGACAACUCGGGGGCGCAGGUGCUGGCCACUGAGCAGAUCGCCAUUGAGGAGGACAUCACCACGCCGCGCCGCGACAGCGCUUUGACCGCGUGGGUCAACGUGAUCUACGGCUGCAACGAGAAGUGCACCUACUGCGUGGUGCCCAACACGCGCGGCCAGGAGCAGAGCCGGCGGCCGGAGGACAUCCGGCGCGAGAUGGUCACACUCGGGGAGGCAGGAUGUUGUGAGCUCGUGUGCUGA